AUGUCUUCAUUUUCCGCAGAUAUAGCGCAAAUAAAAGGUACUCAAUCCUACGACCCAGAGAUCAAGGGCAUAGCGGACUACGUCCAGAACUUCAAAAUAGACUCCGACCUCGCUACGGCACGCUAUGUGUUCCUAGAUACAAUCGGCUGUGGUCUCGAAGCCCUCAGAUUCAAAGAAUGUGCCAAGCUGCUGGGCCCUGUUGUUCCAGGGACGGUUGUGCCUAACGGUACAAGAGUGCCAGGAACACCAUAUGUACUUGAUCCUAUCAACGGAGCUUUCAACAUUGGGGCAAUGAUACGGUGGCUGGACUACAAUGAUUGCUGGCUUGCUGCUGAAUGGGGUCAUCCAUCAGAUAACUUAGGAGGCAUACUGGCGGUUGCAGACUGGAUCUCAAGGACGAAUCGAGCUGGUGGCCAUGUGGGUACCGGUACUAUUGUCAAAAUUAGAGAUGUUUUGGAAGGGAUGAUAAAGGCGCACGAGAUACAAGGUUGUCUCGCGCUGGAAAACUCAUUCAACAAAGUCGGUCUGGAUCAUGUGGUGCUUGUAAAGGUGGCUACGGCGGCUGUCAUCUCAAAAAUGAUAGGGUUGGACGAUCGGCAGACCGCAGCCGCGAUCUCACAAGCAUGGGUAGACGGGCAAAGCCUGCGAACGUACAGACAUUCACCAAACACCAUGUCAAGGAAGUCUUGGGCCGCAGGAGACGCAUGUCAAAGGGCGGUGAAUCUAGCGCUGAAAGUGCAGAAGGGUGAGCAAGGUGUGCCUACCGUACUGUCAGCGCCAGUUUGGGGCUUCUACGAUGUGGCCUUCAGUGGGAAAAAGUUCGAGUUUCAAAGACCGUAUGGUAGCUAUGUGAUGGAAAAUAUCUUAUUCAAGGUCUCCUACCCAGCCGAGUUCCACUCUCAAACAGCCAUAGAAGCAGCAAAGUCAAUUCACGCUCAGCUAAAAGAGCGAGGAAAAUCCGCAGAAGACAUCGAAAAGGUCACAAUCCGUACGCACGAGGCGUGCGUUCGCAUUAUCGACAAGCAGCAUAAAGCAAUGGAUAAUUUUGCUGACCGAGACCAUUGCAUCCAGUACAUGGUCGCCACGAUGCUUGUUUUCAACCGACUAGAAGCGACUGACUACACCGAUGGCAGUGAAGCCGCGACGUCACCUCUUAUAGAGUCUCUUAGGCGCAACAUAGCUUGCGUGGAAGACCCGGAAUUUACAGAAUCAUACCAUAAUCCUGAUAUGCGGUCAAUACCAAACGCUCUAACUGUAACGCUGAAAGACGGCACAGUCCUUGAGGAAUUGGUGGUUGAAGCUCCUCUAGGCCACAAACUGAGAAGAGAAGAAGCAAAGCCGGAGAUUCUGGAAAAGUUUGAGAGACAUUUGAAGCCUCAUUUUGCGGCGGAGAAAGUUGAGCAUUUGGUACAACUGGGCCAAGACAAGCAGACAUUAGAGAAUAUGGGCGUCGACGAGUACAUGGAUUUAUACGUGAAAGAGAAGAUGGAGUGGUAA